AUGCCGCUGCUGCUGCUGCUGCGGAGGCGGAGGCGGCGGGGCGGCGAAAGUGCAAGGGGCUCCGCGACAAGAGUUGCGGGGGGAGAGGGGGGGGUCAAGAAGGUGCUGACGACGACGGCCGCUGUGGAGGACGCCGCGGCGGCCGCCGGACACGUCGAGGUCUUGGAGUGGCUGGACCGCCACGCGAAGCCGGCCCCCGCCGCCAAUAACGCCUCCGCGGGGCUGCGCCUUCCCGGCUUCGGCGGGCAUGAUAGGAAGCGCCGCUGGGGGGCGGCGGGCAGCGGCGCGGGGUCGGGCGAGCGGUGCUCUCGCGCUGCCCUUGAGCGAGCUUGCGAGGGCGGCCACUUCUCGACGGCAGUGUGGCUGGCUUCUAAGCGCAGCACGGAGGUGGAGAGAGCCUACGCCUGCAUCCGCAGAGCAGCCGAGAAAGGUCACCUGGAGAUCGUUGCCUGGCUCAGCAGCUCCCGGUCGUGGAACCCUAGCGCCAGAUUCGCGAGCAGCUGGUCCGGGGCUACGACCACCGCCAUGGACUAUGCUGCCGCCGGGGGGCACCUUAAGGUGGUGCGAUGGCUGCACGACCACCGCGCGGAAGGAUGCACGACGGCGGCCAUGGACAAAGCGGCCAAAAAGGGUCACCUCCAUGUUGUGGAGUGGCUGCACAACAACCGCACGGAGGGGGGAACCACAAAGGCAAUGGACUGCGCCGCCGCGGCCGGACACCUGGAAGUGGCGGCGCUUUCCGCCGCCGGCGCCACCGGCGCCACCGGCGCGGAAAACAGCGGCGAGGGCGUUGUCGACGCGCACGUGCACGGCGGUGACGGCGGAGACGAUAUGGCGGGGGCCGGGGCGGCGGCGGGGGCGGGGGCGGACGCCAUCGACGGGCUUCUGCUAGCCGGCGGCGGCGGGGUCACGGCGGCGGUAACUCUGGACCUGGACGAGGCGGCGGCGGAGGGAAGGCUGGCCGUCCUUCAGUGGGCGCGGAGAGCGACAAUGGAUGGCGCUCCUUCUCCUCCUCCUUCGUGUGGUGCCCGCCACCGCUUGUCGCUAGACACGAGGCUGUCUAAGAUGCCGCCGCCGCCACCGCCACCGCCCCGGCUGCUGCGGCCGGCCGGCCACGGGAAAAUUUCGAGGAGCAGCGCGGAGGAGGAGAAGAAGGAGGAGGACGGGGAAGAAGAAGGGUUCUUCCCGCAGGAUGCUCCAGGCGGGGGUUACUACUGCUGCUGCUGCGACUGCGGCGGGGAGGGGAGGAUUAGGAGCGCGGAGGAGAAGACGAGCGGGUCGGGGGACGCGGGAGAGGAAGAGAAGGACGCCGUCUACUAUCUCCCGCUUCUCCCUUGCGGAGGCGGAGGAAAGGGUUGUGGCGAGGACGAGGACGGGCCAUGGGGCGAAGAGGACAGAACACCGGAGGAAGCGGGAGGGUAUUGCGAGGACGAGAAGGAGCGAUGGGACGACAACGGAUGGAGGGGGAGGCAGCACCGUUGCCCCUCGUUGACCCGGCGGUUCAACGGAGAUCGGGGGGGGGUUGCCGCGUCGGCGCAUCCGCGGCGCCCGGAAUCGAGGGGUGCAGGCGACGCAGAAGGAUUGGCCGUGGGGGCGGGGAGGAAUCGAUUCCGGGUGGCGAUGUCGACGGACGCGGUGGAUCGUGCAGCCGGGAACGGCCAUCUAGAGGUGGUUCGCUGGCUCUACCUCCACCGCGCAGAGGGCGGCACCGCCGGAGCCAUCACGGCCGCGGCCGCCGGAGGGCACGUGCGCGUCCUCGACUGGCUUGCCCGAAACACGCCCCUGAUGGUGACGAACACGAGACGAGCCAAUUUCUUCCGGGGGACGAGUGUCCUCAACCCCUCGGCGCUGGACAGGGCCGCGGCGAACGGUCACCUCGGGGUCCUCAGGUGGUUCCAGCGGAACAACCCCAAGAACCGAAGGAGGAGCGGCGAAGACGGCUUCACGUAUCGCUUGAUGGAUGAGGCGGCCUCCAACGGUCACCUACAGGUAUGCCAAUGGCUCCGUCAGCACCGCAGCGAGGGCUGCAGCUGGAACGCAUUCGACGGAGCGGCGGGCGGGGGGCACACGCAUGUCCUCGACUGGCUUGACCGGCACUACCAUGCUGUCGGUCCCAGCGCGGUCGCCUUCACCAAGGCGGCGAAGGCGGGCCACCUCCACGUCGUCCAGUGGCUCCUGAGGAGACAUCCCGGCGAGGCGAGGGCAGGCUGCAUGUGGGCCACCCAGGAGCUAUCACCUACCCCGGCGAGCGACCCCACCACGGGCGCGAAGAGGACCUGGAAAGUGGACCCUGAAGUCUUGGAGCUGGUGCGGACGGCCUGGGACUCUUACCGCGCGCGAGUCCCCUGGGGAAUCAGUCUCCGCGCGUAGGCACGGCUUUGGGCGUCUCGUAAAGGCCCUCUCGCCCGUGCGCGUACCCUUGACAUGAUGUCGAGAGCGUCGAAGCACCAUUUAGCUAUAGCGUAGGAGUUGGAGUUUCGCUGGCGCAUCAUCGCUGGCUGUGCUGGGCACUAAAGAGCUGUGCUUCGCGACGUGUGAGCGUGCGUUGUCCAGGUGGAAUAAAGUGGGGCAAGUUUUAUGUUUCGGUGUGGUUUCCCGGUGGCGUGGUAACGCGUGCGUGUAAUCGUAGCCGUGCAUGCCGCGUAUG